GUGUGUGUGAUGGUGAUACUAAAAUAAAACAAAUAAUUUCCUUGAUAAGGUUUGUUUUGUAAAUCGUUUAUAAACAUGUGUGAAAGUCGAGAAUCAGCGAUAAGGAAAGCUCAACAAUCAAUAUGUUUGGAAAAAACUAAUACGGCAGUUACAAUUCCACAUUCCUUGAGAAAUAUGCGGAUGGUUUGAAUGUAACCUAUAAUUUGGGAUAAUAUGGAUUCAGGGCUGGGAAGUGACGAUGAACGUAGACAUCGUACAAAAGAACAGAAACAGCAGCAAAAUCAGCAGAGGCAGCUUUUUAGUAGUUGUUUUAUAGAUGCUUCCACCCUAGGCGACGAAUCGGACCAAGAUAUUCCACCAAACGAUGAGCGAAGUCAGGGUUCGCUUAUUUUUCAAAAUUCCAUUAAACAAUAUUCCAUGUUACAAAUGGACCAUCCUAGAGCACUUUUCUGUGGAAAUGCGUCGUCAUCGGUGGAAACACAUGUCGAAAACGAGCCUGCAACACCCUUCAAUUCGAUAGUGCAAGUUGAGAGUGACACCACAGAAAUAUCUCACCGAACACCAGUAGGCUUUUUUGUUGAUCUAACUACUAUAGAAGAACCACCCUCGUCAAUAAAGGAAACAAAAGAGAAGCAGAAAAACUUGUUUUCAUUGGUAAUUGAUUUCAAAGAACCUAAGAGAGAAAUGCCCAGUAAAUUAUCCGAUUCCCUUUACAACAGACACAGAGCUAAGAAGAAAACAACAAAACAAGAGAAAGAAAUUUCAUCUUCUAAGUCUUCUCUAAUUAGUAAAGACAGUAAUAGCAGUAGAAAAUCUUCAACCUCUAGUUUGCCUGUUAACAUUUCCCAAAAUUAUCUACCACAAAGCAGUUGUUUUAAUCAAGUGCAUAUACAGAAGAAUAAUGGUGCUGAUACAGCUUCUUUAACGAGCUUAACAGACAAGUACAAAGCGACAUGUUCACAUGACAAUAACUGCUCUCUUGGCUUAGCAAAUAACAGUAGUAGCAGUAGCAGUGGGGACAACAGCAAAAACAACAGUAACACUUCAGCUGAUAAUGUUAACACAAGCGAUGAUACCAGCAGUUCGAAUGGUUCUGAUUCAUAUGAAACAAAUACUAAAGAAACUAAUCUUGAUGAUAAAGAGGACAGUCCCCCGUUGAGUAACACAAGUAAUAUAAUAAAAGAAUGUGAUGUUAAAUGUGCUAAAUCCUCUGGUACAGUAGAGGAAUGUAGGCUUCCUGUUAAUGAAAAGAAAUUAUUUAUUGAUGUUAAGAAACAAAAAAAUGAACAGUUUGUAAAACUGUCCGAUCUGCAGAAGCAGUUCCCUCGUUUGGACUUGACUGUGGGUCCUUGUAUGGUACAUUCCAUUCCCGAAAGUUCCUGGGUCGAGAGUCCCCUUUCUCUUUCCCGUUCGGCGACGUAUCGCAGCGCGCCUCCACGUCCACCGGAGCCCGAACCCUACGAAUUGUCUGAUUCUGGUAGCUUUAGCGACAUAAGCAUUUCUCAAACAACUGGUCGUUCCGUCCAAAGGCUCGGCACCGAUUUAUUGCGAAUGUUUCUGGAGGAAAUCGGCCCAGAUGUUACCAUCGAGGUUGGAACUUAUCGUCUAAGGGCUCACAAGUGCAUCUUGUCCUCUCGUUGCCAGUAUUUUGCCGCCGUUUUGGGCGGAAAUUGUCUUGAAACAACUGGAAAUGUUAUACCUUUACAUGGCUAUUCGUAUGAUAGCGUACAUUUUGCCAUGUGUCACAUCUACAGUGGAGCAGCUCAUGUCCCUGAAAGUAUUAAUUUAGCGGAAUUGGCUGCUUUGGCGGAUAUGUUAGGACUAGAAGGGCUUAAGGAAGUAGCUGCUCAUGCCCUUAAGUUGCGUUAUUGCCACUCGUUUCACAAACCUUGCUCGGGAUGUUCAACGGGGGUCCUGGAGAUCCUCCCACUCACUGCAGCAUACACCUUGGAGGAUCUCUAUCAUAAAUGUUUGCGCUGGAUUACGCAAAACUUUGUACGGAUCUGGCCCACAAGGGCCUUCGUGGCUCUGUCGAAAGAACUCCAAGAAAAAUGUUACAAACAACAUGUGGUUCACAUGCAUCCAGAUACAGUUUUGGGGACGAUUUUAAAGUGCGAAGAGCUCCUGGGGAACAUCCCGGGAGCCAGAUGGGCAGAGCCUGUCAACCGACUUGUUAAGCAACUAGCUAUGUCCUGUCAACUUUAUCUCACCCAGCAUUUCUGUGAAGUUCUGUCUUCUUCUGCCAUACCAGAUUUGAAUAAUCAACAUAACGUGAAUAUGUCGACUCUUGAGGAGAAAAUGGUGGAAGCCGUGAGGACUUUGGGGCCCGACCACGCGUGUCACAGUUACGAGAGAUGCUCCAAGCUCUUGGAGACCCAAUCGUGGAACAUGAAGACUCAAGAACUUCUCCAGAAAGUACAAACAAAUCUAGAGCAUUGCCUUUCUCGUCAAAUGAGUAGAGUGGGUCAAUGCCACGCGUGGAGCAAAAUGAAUCCUGCCUUGAAGGUCCGUAUAAAAGAACUUAGUCGGUUACCUCGCCCCGUAAGGGUCGGUUCCCCAGUACUCAACUCCUUAAGGUCCUCACGUAUUUCGAAAUCAUUAAAAACCGACAGUCCUGAACGUUAUAACCCGGAACAUGUAAAAUUAACGAGUGCUAUUAAUUCUAGCAUUCGCAGGAGUCUCUUAUUGGCCGCAAAAGCCCCUCAAAUGUCCACAAGCCUCUAUGUACCCCGAGUAACGAGCACUCUAACGAAACCCACACAAAGUAGCGCUGCUAAAGCGGCUGCUACUAAAAGUUCUAACUUGAAGACUUCCUCUUCGAAACAGAGCGUCACUUCCACUGGAAGUUCGGUCAGAACAAGUAGACCUACAUCAGAAAAGCCUUCCAUAAGACCUUCUUCAGGAAAUCGACAUGGAAUCAAUAACAAUAACAAUCAGAGGCGACAUAAUGGCAAUACAGUAACAGAAACUGGCAAAAUCCUUCCCAAAUCUUCUGCAAAAGCUAAGCCUGAGGUCAAAGGGCAAACUAGACCUGUCAGGACGAGUCUUUAUGCCCCCCGAAGCCGAUUAACGUCAGCAGAUAGUAAUAAUAAACCACCCGUUAAGGAGCUUGUUAUGAAAAAGAAGAUUCAAGGAGGGUCCCAGGAGAUGAGAAAGGCCUCUUCACGUGCCGCGUCUGCCCAGGUUAGUGCUUCCACUCAAGAUAGGCGUAGGAGAAGGCCCGAAGUGAAUAUUAAGAAGGAUGUGAGUGCCCCACAACAACAAAGUGUUUCAAAGUGCAACGGAAGUAUCAGUUCUAGUGAAGAAAACACGUACACGAAAAGCGGAGAGAUUCAGAAAGGAUCUGAUGGUGACAGUAGUAAUGGUAUUGUGCCAAGGAUCACCAGGUCUGAUACGUUCCUGAAGGAGAAACCGACAGUUCUGCCGCAAACAGAUCAGUCAUAAUUAAUUGGAUGGGUAAUUAAUAAAUCUAAUUAUUAAUUAAUCGAUCAGUUACAAUUAAUGACCCAUUGAUUAACGUUUUUUUUUUUGUUAUUCUGCCCUUUAGUUUUUUUUUUUUAAUUACUUUCUAGUCAUUUUCUCGAACCAUCUUUCACCUAAUUGCUUUGCAAUUUCGUUAUUUUUUUAUAUAAGCAAGCAAUCUGUUACGAUCUCUCUCUCUCGCUUUUACAAAAAUAUUAAUUUUAAUUCGGCGCGUUAAUUAAUUAACUUACUGUAGGCAGUAGAAAUGAUAUUAUUUAGUGAUUAAGUACAAGUUCAUACGUAUACCAAUGAAUAAUUAGAUCGAAUGCUUGUAUAGAGUAUUCACCUCUCAAUUCUUUUCAAAUCCAUUUUUUUGAUAUUUCUACUAAAAAGGAUUUAUAAAAUCAGUUUGUCGCCAUAAAUUAGUACAAAUAAAACAAUAAAGGGAUUUAAACUAAAUUAAACAAACAAAAUUUUAUAAAACUGGCAUUUUGCUUUUACUUGAAAGCCCUUCAAUUAAUUUUGAAAUGUUAUCUGUUAUAAACAUUUACAACAUUAAAAAAUAAAGGACAUUUAAGUUUAAAAGCAAAAACGUUUAAGAAAAAUCUUUCAGCUUUAACUAAUCGAUUAAUAAAAGGCAAAAUAUACUCCCUAAAAAAUUAUUUUUUAAAAAGUAUAUUUUGUAUGAAGCCAGACU